AUGUUGUCCUCCUCAACGACUAGAGCUAAACAACUCUCUCUAAUUUCCCACCGAAUUUCAAAGGUCAGAGCUUUUCAUGCUUUCUUCCAAGACAUCAAAACAAAUCUUGGAGAUGAUGAUGCCAGAAACAUAGCUCACAAAAAAGGCACACAAACCUCUGGCACAGAAAUGGAGAAGAGCAUAUAUGCAAUUCUCACCAUAGACCGUUGGGAGUCUCUGAACCACAUGGAUUAUAGGUUGGCUUCUCUUAGACCAGUACAUGGAAGGCUGGCUUUGAAAUUUCUCAAUUGGGUCAUUAAACAACCUGGUUUGGAACUCAACCACCUCACUCACAUACUUUCUGUUACAACCCAUAUACUUGUUCGAGCUAGAAUGUAUGACUCUGCCAAAUCAAUUUUGGGGCAUUUGUUGCAAAUGGGUAAUGCCCCAAAACCUGUUUUUGGUGCUCUGAUGGAUACUUACUCUCUUUUCAAUUCAAACCCUUCAGUCUUUGACCUUCUAAUUAGAGUUUAUUUAAGGGAAGGAAUGGUUGAUUAUGCUGUAGAGACUUCGUAUUUAAUGGGUUUUCGGGGAUUUAGGCCGUCCACUUGUACCUGUAAUAUGAUCCUAGCUUGGUUGGCAAAGGACCAGAAAGCUGCGUCAGUAUGGUCUUUUUUCAAAGAAAUGCUUGCUAAUAAGAUUUGCCCCGAUGUUGCUACGUUUAAUACAUUGAUUAGUCUUUUAUGUGUUGAAGGGAAGCUUAAGAAAGCUAGUUAUCUUCUGAGAAAGAUGGAAAAGAGUGGCUAUGUUCCAAAUAUAGUUAGUUAUAAUACUUUGCUCAAUUGGUACUGCAAGAAGGGGAGGUAUAAAACAGCCUUUGAGCUUAUUGAUCACAUGGGUUCUAAGGGUAUAGAAGCAGAUGUAUGUACAUAUAACAUGCUAAUUGGUGAUUUAUGUAGAAACAAUAGGAGUGCAAAAGGUUAUGUACUGUUGAAGAAAAUGAGAAGGAAGAAGUUAUCUCCUAAUGAGGUUACCUACAAUAUUCUUAUUAAUGGGUUUGUGAAGGAGGGGAAAGUUGGCGUUGCUACCCGAGUUUUUGAUGAGAUGUCUACUUUUAAUCUUUCACCGAAUUUUGUUACUUUCAAUGCUUUGAUUGGUGGACUCUGCCAAAAUGGUAAGCUUGAAGAAGCUUUCAGACUUUUGGACAUGAUGGAAGCUAUGGGACUAAGACCUAAUGAAGUCAGCUAUGGGGCUCUUUUGAAUGGGCUGUGUAAGCAUGCCAAGUUUGAUUUAGCAAGAAGUCUUUUUGAGAGAAUGCGGAUGAAUGGGAUUGUUAUUAGUUGUACUAUAUAUACAGUGAUCAUGGAUGGGUUAUGCAAAAAUGGGUUGCUUGAUGAAGCUAUGCAGUUGUUUAAUAUGAUGGUCCACGAUGGUGUGGAUCCUGAUAUUAUAGCAUUUUCGGUGCUCGUAAAUGGACUUUGCAGAGCUGGGAAGAUGAAACAUGCGAGGGAGAUAAUAUGUAAGAUUUAUAAAGCUGGCCUUGCACCGAAUAGAAUAAUAUGUUCUACUUUAAUCUACAACUCUUGCAAGAUGGGCAACAUAGUUGAAGCGUUAAAGAUUUAUGCUGUUAUGAAUCACAAUGGCCAUGGUGCUGACCGUUUCACAUGUAACAUAUUGGUUGCUUCGCUUUGUGAAGCUGGAAAACUAGAAGUGGCAGAAGAUUUCAUGCGUCAUAUGGGCAGUAUGGGUCUUGAUCCCGAUUCCAUUACUUAUGAUUGUAUAAUAAAUGGCCAUGGAAACAUGGGAAAUGGGUUAAAAGCAUUUUCUAUAUUUGAUGAAAUGAUUAAGUCAGGUCAUCAUCCAACUCCAUUCACAUAUGGAAGUAUACUGAAAGGGCUAUGCAAGGGUGGAAAUUUGGGGGAAGCAAGGAAAUUUUUGGAGAAACUCCACGGCAUUCCAUCUGUUGUUGAUACUGUUAUCUACAAUACAAUAAUUUAUGAGACAUGUAAAUCUGGAAAUCUGCAAGAGGCUGUUUCCCUUCUUGAUGAGAUGGUUGAGAAUAAUGUUCUGCCUGAUGAUUAUACGUAUGGUGGCCUUCUUGCUGGGUUAUGCAGGAAGGGAAAAAUGGUUGCCGCCAUCCUGUUGUUUGGGAAACUCAUGGGAAAAGUGACUUGCUCACAAAGUGCAAUAAUGUAUACCUGUCUAGUUGAUGGCCUUUUCAAGACCGGCCAGUCUAAGGCUGCUUUGUAUCUCUUUGAAGAGAUGGAGAACAAAGGUCUAUACUUGGAUACUAUUGCUUGUAAUGUCAUGAUAGAUGGAUACUCGAGGAUGGGAAAACUAAUGAAGGCAAAUGAACUGUUUUCAACUAUGGGGAGCAGCGGAUUGUGCCCUGAUUUGGCUACAUAUAAUAUUCUCUUGCAUGGAUACUCGAAGAACCGGGACCUCGUGAAAUGCUCUAUGUUAUACAAUAACAUGAUCCGGGCCAGAUUAUUUCCCGACAAAUUGACAUGCCACUCUCUUAUUCUUGGAUUAUGCGAGUCCGGUAUGUUGGAUGUUGGCCACAAAAUGUUGAAUAAGAUGAUAAUGGAAGGUGCUAUAGCUGAUCAUCUAACAGUUAACAUGCUUGUUAGCAAGUAUUCUGAGACUGGUAAGAUGGUGAAGGCCUUUGAGCUAGUUAGUGUCCUGAAUCUGUUAGGAGUUUCUGCUAAUAUAGACACCCAUGGUGCUAUCUUGAAUGGACUAUUCAGAAGCCAAGAUUUCCAAGCAUCCCGUGCCCUUCUUUAUGAAAUGUUGGAAAAAGGUUUAACUCCCAAGGAUACACAUUAUUUCACCUUAAUUAAUGGUAUGUGUAGAGUGGGAGAUAUACAAGGAGCAUUCAAACUAAAAGAUCAUAUGGAGGCUCUUGGUGUUACUACCAGUGACAUUGCUGAGAGUGCUAUGGUUAGAGGGCUCGCAAAAUGCGGGAAGAUUGAAGAAGCAAUGCUGGUUCUUGAUCGCAUGCUUCGAAUGAAACUCAUUCCAACAACUGCUACUUUUACUACUUUGAUGCACAUGUUCUGCAAACAAGCCAACCUUGCAGUGGCUCUAAAAUUGAGGGGCACAAUGGAAUGCUGUGGUGUGAAGCUUGAUGUCCCUGUGUUUAAUGUUCUCAUUUCAGGCCUUUGUGCCAAUGGUGAUGUUGUGGUUGCAUUUGAGCUUUAUGAGGAGAUGAAACAAAGAGGUCUCAUGCCCAACACAACAACUUAUACUCUGCUCAUUGGUGCUGUUUCCUCUCAUAAUAAUCUUAUUAAAGCUGAACAACUUUUGGGAGAUUUAUCUGAAAGGGGACUGAUAUCUGGAAAUUUGGAUGGAAGCGCCCAAAUGCUACAUGAGAGGUUGAUGAAUGCAAUGGGAAGACUAAAUUCUUUGAGGCGCAUAAAAGGAACUAAUACUAAAGAGAGGUAG